AGCGGAAUAAGGGUGCGAAAUGAAUUACCCAGUUUUAGCAAUUUUUCAAAUGAAUGAGUAGUUACUAAAAUAUUAACUUAUUAAUUGUGCACAGUAACAACGAGCUAUGUUCAUUAAUCAAACUGGUGUUAUAAAGCGGGAUCACCUACUAAACCCUAAUAUAUCUAAAACUGAUUGAUGCAAGUCGUUUACAAAAACAGCAAACAUUGCGUUCUUAGACCGGACACAACACCGGAAGUGGGAAGGGGGGAGUUCCCUUGUUUUUUGCAAAUUCGUUUGAUUUGUCCAGCCUAAAGUCUCAAUGUUUUAAGUGGAAGGGAAGCUUGCUUUUGACGUGGAGUCAGAACUUUGUCGCCUUUCUGCUUUUCCUUUCUUUUUCACCUUUUGUAACUACCAGUUUACCAGCUUUAAAGGAAGGAUUUUCUCUCCUGGACGCCACACAGAAACGAGUGUAGAGUGCAAGAUCGAUUUGCCUCCUCAUUGACUUGUACAACUAUUAUGGCUGGUACCACCACCGAGACAGUGUACGAUAUUUUUCAAAGCAUGGAGUACGGAGCAGUUGUGACUUCUAGCACCGCCACUGCACAGGCCUGGCUGGAUCAUCAUUCCCGUUCUCUGGGUCUGUUCAUCGAUGGAAAGUUUGUCUGUCCAGCCGACAGACAGGUCCGCUCACUGACUGAUUCUAAAGGUGGGAAUGUGUGUAGCAUAGUGUGCGCUGUGGAGGGUGAUAUUUCCCAGUGUGCUUCCUCUGCUGUUAUUGGCUUUAAGGCCUGGAGUGGCCUGACCUGCUCCCAGAGAGCCAAAGUGCUGCUCAGGUUGGGGAGUGUUCUUGGGCAGCACGGUACGUGUGUGUCGGAGCUGUGUGAGGUGUGUGAGGCUUCCUGCUCACCCUCCAACUUGGUCAGACUGCUGCAGUACUACAGCAGCUGGGCUCAGCUCAGAGACACCCUCAUCGCUAACUGGACACCACUGGGUGUGGUGGCAGUUGUUGUCUCUGAUGACUGCUCUCUCUAUUCCCUCGCCCUUAAAGUCCUGCCAGCAUUGGCCAUGGGCAACUCUGUCAUCGUUGUCCCUGGUCAGAGCACUGCUCCUCCAGCUCUCCUACUGGCACAGCUUUUUAUGGCAGCGGGACUUCCAGCCGGGGCUCUUAAUGUUUUAACAGGAAGUGACAUGUCACUGGGUGCCAAAGUGGCCCAUAACCCCAGCAUCAGCUACGUCACCUACAGCGGUAACAAGCAGGGUGGGGUGAUGUUGUGUAAAGCCACAGCAGGGAUGGGUGUUGUCUCCGCCUGCAUCGGCACCACGUGUCCCUUCAUCAUCUUUGAGUCAGCUGACAUUGACAGCGCUGUGGACGGAGUGAUAGAGGCUGCCUUCAAAAAGAAGAAAGAGGUCCACUGGGUGUUGUAUGUGCAGGAGAGUGUGUUGGACAGUGUUGUGGCCCGACUCAGGCUGCGUAUGGUGGGGAUGAAGUGUGUGGGCCUGCUCAGUGCUGCAGACAGGGUCUUGGUUGAUGCCGCAGUACAACAGGCUCAGCAGCAGGGUGCUGUGUUGAUUCAGUCCUGCACUGCCCCUCCUUCAGGGGCCCAGUACCCUCCCACAGUACUCUGUAGGUGUGCCCCCGCCUCUCCCUGUGUGGUCAGCCCCUCUCCUGGACCACUACUGCCUGUCCUGACUUUUAGAAGCAACACAGAGGCAGUGAUCCUGGGGAACCACAGUCCUCACGGCCAGGCAGCCUCCAUCUGGACUGAAGACCUCACCCUAGCUCUGGAGACAGCUAAGAGUCUGUCUGUUGGCUCAGUGUGGGUGAAUUCCUGCUCUCUGUCUGAUCCCUGUCUGCCUGUCUCUGGUCACAAAGACAGCGGCACCUGUACUGAUGGAGGACAAGAGGGUCUAUACCAGUUUCUACACCCGUCUUCUUCCUCUCCUCUUCCUCGCUCCUCACCUCUGUCUAUGGAGUACACAAAGUUUGGAACCGAAGCCUCCCCAGCUAUCAUUCCUGAUGAGUCAAACCUUGCCAGUGCUCCUAAGUCCUACCAGCAAUUUGUUGGCGGAAAGGCAUGUAAAGCAGAUUCUGGCUGCAGUCUAGCAGUGCAGCCACCAGGUGGCGGUGGCGUGUUAGCCUACUGUUCAGAUGGAGGUCGUAAGGACAUCCGUAAUGCCGUGGAGGCAGCUAUCAAAGUCCAACCUGGCUGGAUGAAAAAGAGUCCAUCAGCACGCGCUCAGACCGUCUACUCUCUGGCCAAAGGCCUAGAAGCACAGAGGUUGGACAUAGCUGCAUCGAUCAACAUCCAGACCGGACUCUCAGUGGAUGAGGCACAGACAGAGGUGGAGCUCAGCAUUACGAGGCUCAAUGACUGGGCGGCUUACUGUGACAAAGUCCAAGGAGGAACUCUACCUGUGCCACAGUCUGGCUCUGCUUUAUCCAUCCCUGAAGCCCUGGGUGUUGUAGGCAUCGUCCUUCCAGACAGGAAUCCCCUCCUCUCCAUGGUGACACUUCUUGGAGCAGCCAUCGCCACUGGCAAUGCUGUUGUCAUGGUCCCCAGUCAGAAGUAUCCACUGCCAACCUUGGCAUUCAUCCAGGUGCUCCAGUCUUCAGACCUGCCAGCAGGUUUGGUCAAUGUGAUUUCAGGAAAUCGAGACCAGCUGACAGUGGCUCUUGCUAAUCACAGCGUCAUCAAGGCCAUCUGGUACUGGGGCAGUGCUGAGGGCUGUCAGUAUCUCCAGUACACCUGCAUAAAUCCUCUGAAAAAACUGUACCUGUCCUGUCAAAAGGACAAGGAGGGAAGGGAUUGGACUCAGUCUCAUCCCACACUCCUGGAGGAAAUGUGGAGAAAUGCUGUCCAGUGGAAGAGUGUGUGGAUUCCUACUGCAUAAGAAGACAGAGGACAAUAAAGGAUGAUGGUGACUAGAAAGAACGAGGAAGCAAGACUUACAGAUGUAUACAGAUGAUGAUCAUGAAAAUCAUGUCAGUCAGUGAACAGACAACAAAUGCCACCAGUAACUGACCUUUUUCUGAGCCCCACCCUCCUUAAUUAGUAUUGCUACAUGCUUACCAAGUUUUUUGUUUCCCAGACAGGAAGUGGAUUUUACCCUGCUAGCUCCUUAGUACAAAGUCCAUGUUAAAUCCGAGUGAGCCCAUGUGAGAAAACAGCCGCAUAUAGUCCAGAGUAUUCACAGUGAGCUAGUGGCCAUGUUGAUUACCAUCUAUCAAGUUACUGGUGUGAAACCGGAAAAAAACAAAUGCAAAGACCGGGACCAGCUUACACGCAGCAAUGAAAUACUACAGAGGGGAUGUGCUGGUCAUGAAUGGGGCCUUUUUAAAAUAUAUAACCUAUAACCUCACAAAGGUAGUUAAUAAUAUGCUAGCUCAUGGCCUUGGAAGUAAGCUGUGGGCAGGUUAGACAGUUAUCCAGACAUGCUAACAACUGCAGCCUACUCUGGAGGAGUUAAAACACGGUUCAAUCAGUUACAGCUCUGUUCUUUUGAUUUGGUUUUGGGAAUGUUAGAAUGUUAAUAUUACAAUAUGCAGUACAUCCUUUCAUUUUAAGUUUAAUUUUUUUUACAUUUUGUCAGCCCCAUCAUACUGUAUAAAAUAUUUAUAAAGGACCAUGUGAUAUCAACAUUAGGUUUAAUAUGAAAUUCUGUGAAAUUGUUUAUUUGAUAUUUGGUUAAAAUCUCAAUUUAAGUACAGUUGCCUUCCAAAGGAAUUAUGCCUGUUUUUUCUCUUAGUCAUAUUUUCUGCUUGGUUUAUUACAGGUAUCUUUAUAAGGUCCACAUUUGUUUUUCCAGGCAGGCUUGCAGGUAACAGAGCCCUGGUUCAAAAAGUAUUUAUUUGGAAGCAACAAAGUAUCAGAAAAUAUGGUAAAAAUCUAUCAUUGUCUCAGUGAAAUACAUGCAUCUCUGUUGUAGAAAUGGUGUUUGUUUUUUUAUAACUGUAUGCUUUUUCAAAGCAGGACAAAAUAAAAAGAAAGAUGCCUUG